AUGACAAACCUUCUCCCGCAUCACCGGAGCGACCAAACAGGGUACUAUAAACCCACCAUCUCUACCAACCGGCAGCUGCGCCUAAAACCUAAGGCGGCCUGGUGCUGCCCUGGCGGGAGAAGCGGACGAUCUCCACGCCCAGGGUGACACAGGCUUUUACUUUUGUGAAUAGUCUGAGCCUCGUACACCCCCCGCCUCCCCCUCUGGGCCGGCGGGGGUUAUCCCGGCAUCCACUACGAGAGUACUUACCUCUAGAACACUCCUGGGCGACACCAGUGAAAGCAGCCUACACGCGGUCCCCCAAAAUGGCCGACGACAACACUACACAAACCUGCCUGAAACUCAGCAACUGGGAAGCAGACUUCCAGCAAAGAUUUAACACAAUGUGCCAGCGGCAUUGGAGCGAAUGGGAGAAUCAGCGAAAGCCACCUACAAUGCCAGCACCCAUGGCGCAAACCCCGGAAAGAGCUACGGCUCGAUGCCUCACACCUGAGCGAAAGACCCAGAAGGUCCGCAGAACCACCCGCAGUCCACGCUCCAGGCUGCGACACCAUCGCCAGAGACUCCGAAACCUCCUCCACGAGAUCAGCGAAGGUGGCUCAUGGAGGUGA